GUUCCUAGAAAAGCAGCUCCUGGAAACCACUGUGCGCUCCUCCCAGCCUCCUUCUGCUCCUCUGAUAAGGAACAGAGCUCAGGCCCGUGGGCUGAGGGCUGAUGCCAGUCUACAAGCGCCUCACUGCCGUGAAGGUCCCUUCCAACCCUAUUCCAUGACCUGGUGACUCGAUGCUCUGGAAGCUCACCCCUCUGCUGCAGGCCCAGGAGGUGGAAGACCAAGUGCACACCCUGGGGAUGCAUCCAGUUUUAAAGGCCUUUGUUUGUGGCUCCAUCAGUGGGACUUGCUCCACUCUCCUCUUCCAACCCCUGGACCUGCUGAAAACUCGCCUGCAAACUCUGCAGCCUGCUGUGAAUGGGUCCAGCCGUGCUGGGAUGGUAACGCUGCUCUUCAGGGUUGUUCGUACUGAGAGUCUUCUGGGGCUCUGGAAAGGAGUCUCUCCAUCCUUUGCAAGAUGUAUUCCUGGGGUUGGGAUUUACUUCAGCACCUUGUACAUGAUGAAGCAACAGUUUCUAGUGGACCGGUCCCCCACAGCCCUGGAGUCUGUCCUUCUGGGUGUCACUGCACGUGCAGUUUCUGGGGUUUGCAUGUUGCCAGUCACUGUAGUGAAGACCCGAUAUGAGAGUGGAAAAUUUGGCUAUGGGAGUGUAUAUGGAGCUCUGAAGAAUAUCUAUCAGACGGAAGGGGUUCGUGGCAUGUUCAGCGGGCUCACCGCGACGCUGCUGCGGGAUGCUCCCUUCUCAGGCAUCUACCUGAUGUUCUACACACAGACCAAAAACCUCACACCUCAGGACGAGCUGGAUCCAGUGCUCAUGCCCUUGCUGAAUUUUGGCUGUGGGAUCUUUGCGGGAAUCUUGGCCUCGCUGGCAACGCAGCCUGCUGAUGUCAUCAAAACACACAUGCAGCUAUCCCCACAGAAGUACCGCAGGACAAGCCAGGCCAUUGUCUUCAUCUACAAGGACUUUGGGCUGGCAGGCUUUUUCCGAGGCGGUGUGCCCCGUGCCCUCAGACGCACUCUCAUGGCAGCAAUGGCAUGGACGGUGUAUGAACAGAUGAUGGAAAAAAUGGGCUUGAAAUCUUGACUGUCUUGCACAAGAAGUGACCAGCUUCACUCCUGCUGCUGCUUGCUGUGAUCAACUGGCACUAGGAACUUCCCAGUUCCACAGAGGAAUAAGCUUUGCUCAGCCAGGAGGGAGAAAGUCCUUCUGAUAAAGGGGAUUAGGCCUUUUGGCAACUAGAGGAAAGGAAGGAUUGGAUCUUUGUGUCACUAGAUCAGUCCAUUCCAGAAGGACUGCGCUUGCAGACUGCCAUGGGCAAUGGCAGGGUUUCUACAGCCUGGUGACUAUGCUAAAAAGCUCCUUUUAAAAAUAGCUGUGUUCACCACCUUUAUUCAGUGAGACAUUGCUGAGCCAAAAGCAUUUGAGGAGAGAGCAGUGGUUGAAGAACCUGCCAGCCUGACCCUUGCUGGUCUGACCAGUAAGACCACAAUGACAACUGUGUGAUGUAGAUCCUCCUUCCUGCUAUGGUUGUUCUGUAGAUCCUGCUUCCUCGGAUGCUUUGUUCUCACAGGGGAGCGUUGCAGACCAUGGUGGGAGACUGGAUGUCUCUUACUGUGUAUAUCACAGGAGUGGGUGGAAAAGAAACGAAGUGCUGAAGGAAAGCCAGGAACAUGGCUUCUGUCAUCACUUUGUGCUGUGCAUGGUAGCAGAGAAGGUAACUGGUACCUCCUUGCUGUGUCAUGUGUUAUCAUGUAAUUGAGCAUCUUAACACUCUUGAAAUGUGCUUCUGCCUCUACAGCAGUGUUUGCACAGGAAUUAAGAAGCAUAAGGCACUUUAAAAUUGAUUGCUACCAAAGUUGUACUUGUUCCCUGAGAAACGUUUUUCCUGCUGGUCUCACAGUAUCAGGAAUGCUCAAGUAUUACAUUUUUUACCCAGUUGUACUAGAGAUUUAUUUGCUUCCUACUAUUCAUUUGUUAAUCCCUGAUCAACACCCUAGGUGUGAGCUGGUCCUUAGGUGUAGCUUUUAGGGUCAUAGCUCAUAAUGCAUAAACGUAUAAUGCAAGUAGAUAUAGAUACUGACACUUUAGAUUUCCCUUAAAAUCUGCUGCUGGUUGCAUGUGGAAUAUGUUUGGGUUUGGAAAGAAAAGGCUGGUCUUUUCUGUUGGAAGAAGUUUGAAACAUGAGUGUUUGGUAGGGAACUUGAAUUC